CGAUUCUCUCCGCCCGCCGCUUCUAUGACUUCCAUUCUCCACUCCGUCUCCUCCAUCCUCCCCUCCCGAGUUAACUCCGCCGAACGUCUAGGAGUUCUGUCCCUCCGAAAUCCCGUCGAGUUCACUCGUCGACGCCACGGUUGGUCCACGUCGGACUUCGAAUCCUCUGGGCGGAGAUUGGUUGUGCGUGCUGCGGAGACUGAUACUGAUAAAGUUAAAUCUCAGGUACCGGAAAAGGCACCAGGCGGUGGUGGUGGUUCGAGCAUUAACCAGCUUCUUGGUAUCAAAGGAGCCGCUCAAGAGACUAAUAAAUGGAAGAUUCGUCUACAGCUUACAAAGCCAGUCACUUGGCCUCCAUUAGUUUGGGGAGUUGUCUGUGGUGCUGCUGCUUCAGGGAACUUCCACUGGACUCCAGAGGAUGUUGCUAAGUCGAUUCUUUGCAUGUUGAUGUCUGGCCCGUGUCUUACUGGCUAUACACAGACAAUCAACGACUGGUAUGAUCGAGAUAUUGAUGCGAUUAACGAGCCGUAUCGUCCAAUUCCAUCUGGAGCAAUAUCAGAGCAAGAGGUUAUUACACAAGUCUGGGUGCUGUUACUGGGAGGUCUUGGAAUUGCUGGAACUUUAGAUGUGUGGGCCGGGCAUACAACUCCUACUUUGUUCUAUCUUGCUUUGGGAGGAUCCUUGCUCUCUUAUAUAUACUCUGCUCCACCUUUGAAGCUAAAACAAAAUGGAUGGGUUGGAAAUUUUGCACUUGGAGCAAGCUAUAUCAGUUUGCCAUGGUGGGCUGGACAAGCAUUGUUUGGCACUCUUACACCAGACGUCGUCGUUCUAACACUCUUGUACAGCAUAGCUGGGUUGGGAAUAGCCAUUGUUAAUGACUUCAAAAGUGUUGAAGGAGACAGAGCAAUGGGCCUUCAGUCUCUCCCUGUAGCUUUUGGCACUGAAGCUGCAAAAUGGAUAUGCGUUGGUGCUAUAGACGUUACUCAGCUCUCAGUUGCCGGAUAUCUAUUAGCAUCUGGCAAACCUUAUUACGCGUUGGCGCUGCUUGCUUUGAUUAUUCCACAGAUUGUGUUCCAGUUUAAAUACUUUCUCAAGGACCCUGUCAAAUACGACGUCAAGUACCAGGCUAGCGCACAGCCGUUCUUGGUGCUUGGUAUAUUCGUGACGGCAUUAGCAUCAAGUCACUAGUGGAGUUUUGGCCACAAAGUAAAUGCGCUAUAUUGCGAACCAUAAAUUUGGUUUAAGUGGUGGCAUCGACUAGUCUUAAGACGCUGUAAAAUAUAAUGUAUGUACCAACCAUCACUAGAAACAAGUCAACUCUGGUUGUAUCAAGGCUAUGUAAGUGCUUCCGCGGCAAUGCGUUUCUUUGUGUCUUCUACGAUUCGGAUUUUUCAA